AUGGCCCAGUCAACAGACAGAAUGUCGCUGCAGAUGGUAUCCACUGUCAGUAACUCAUCCUUGCUUCAGCCAGGCUUCUCUCUCCUGAAUUUUGAUGGGCAUGUUUUCCUUUUUGGUCAAAAAGGAUGGCCAAAGAGAUCCUGCCCCACUGGUGUUUUCCUUCUCGAUAUAAAGCAGAAUGAGCUCAAAAUGAAACCUGUCUUCUUCUCCAAAGACUCAUGUUACCUUCCCCCUCUCCGCUACCCUGCUCUUUGCACACUCAGAAGUGAUGCAAGGGCUGAUGAGUACCAGUAUAUCAUCCAUGGUGGCAAAACACCUAACAAUGACCUUUCUGACAAGAUUUACUUUAUAAGUUUGGUAAGCAAAACUAGCAAGAAAAUUACGUUCCAAUGCAUUGAGAAAGACCUGGGUGGAGAUGUGCCUGAAGCUAGAUAUGGGCAUACAAUUAACGUAGUUCACAGCCGAGGAAAAAGCAUGAGUGUUCUCUUUGGAGGGAGGUCAUAUACUCCUCUUGCACAGAGAACCACUGAAACAUGGAACAGUGUAGUCGACUGUUUGCCAUCUGUGUUUCUCAUUGAUUUUGAGUUUGGAUGCUGUACAUCAUACAUGCUUCCAGAGCUUCAAGAUGGACUUUCUUUCCAUGUUUCAAUUGCCAGAGAGGAUACAAUCUACAUCUUGGGAGGCCACUCACUUCAAAAUAACACCAGGCCCCCCAGCUUGUACAAGCUAAAAAUUGAUCUGCCCCUGGGCAGCCCGGCUGUGACCUGCACCAUCCUGCCAGGGGGGAUAUCAGUGUCAAGUGCUAUAGUGACCCAGAUCAGUGACAAUGAAUUUGUCCUUGUUGGUGGCUACCUCUCAGACAACCAGAAACGGCUGGCAUGUAACACCAUACUUCUGGAAGAUACUAAGAUAGAGAUUGUUGAAAGUGUGGGUCCAGAGUGGACACCAGAUAUUAAACACUGCAGGAUGUGGUUUGGCUGUGAUAUGGGUAAAGGGUCUGUUUUGCUAGGCAUUCCAGGGGCCAACAAACAAAUAAUCCCAGAUGCAAACUACUUCUACAUUUUGAGAUGCAAAGGAGCAGAAGAGGACAAGGAAGAAGAACUGAUAACGCAGACUUGCAGUCAGACAUCAAGUGAAGACCCUGGAGACUCCACUCCAUUUGAAGAUUCGGAGGAGUUUUAUUUUAGUGCUGAAGCCAAUAGCUUUGAUGCUGAUGGUGCUGAUACUUACAAUGAAGAUGAUGAAGAAGAUGAAUCAGAAACAGGCUACUGGAUCACCUGCUGUGCCGGUUGCAAUAUUGACAUCAACACCUGGGUCCCUUUCUAUUCGACAGAGCUCAACAAGCCUGCAAUGAUCCUGUGCUCCAGUGGGGCUGGCCACUGGGUCCACGCACAGUGUAUGGAUCUCUCAGAGACCAUGCUUCUACAUCUCUCAGAAGCAAAUGUCAAGUAUUUCUGCAACAAGCACAUUGACCUUAAUAAAGGGCUACAAACUCCCCAAAAGGUGAUGUGCCUGAAAAAGCCACCCAUGAAGCCAUUGCGCAAAAAGAAAACCAUGAAGUUAUCAACGUCAGCGAAAAAGUCCUUUCUUCGGAGACUCUUUGAAUAG